AUGACUUUCUUCCAAGGCCAAUGUGAAGAUGACUGCUAUUCUCCCUGCAAUUACGGGAGCCUGUACGGCUACCGGGGUUACGGGGGCCUUUACGGCUACCGGGGUCUCUACGGCUUUGGGGACCGGUACGGCUAUGGUGGACUGUACGGUUACCGAGGCAUUUAUGGCUCUGGGGACUGCUAUGGCUAUGGGGGUCUGUAUGGCGGCUAUAGGGGCUUCUAUGGGGACUACUAUGGCUACCCAGGCUUUUACUAUGGCCGCUAUGGCUACCCCUUCAGUUCACGAUACGGCCAAAGGUUCGGCUAUGGCAGCUGCUACUCCUGCUAA